AGCCCCAGCAGAGAUCGCGUCCAGCCCGCGAGCAUCUUCAGCUUCCCUCUCCUCUCCGUCGCUCCGCACCGUACCAGCCCGCCAUGGAUGACGAUAUCGCCGCGCUCGUGGUCGACAAUGGCUCCGGCAUGUGCAAGGCCGGCUUCGCGGGCGACGAUGCCCCUCGCGCCGUCUUCCCCUCCAUCGUGGGCCGCCCCCGGCACCAGGGUGUGAUGGUGGGCAUGGGCCAGAAGGACUCCUACGUGGGCGAUGAGGCCCAGAGCAAGAGAGGCAUCCUGACCCUCAAGUACCCCAUCGAGCACGGCAUCGUCACCAACUGGGACGACAUGGAGAAGAUCUGGCAUCACACCUUCUAUAACGAGCUGCGUGUGGCCCCCGAGGAACACCCCGUGCUGCUGACCGAGGCUCCCCUGAACCCCAAGGCCAACCGUGAGAAGAUGACCCAGAUUAUGUUCGAGACUUUCAACACCCCGGCCAUGUAUGUGGCCAUCCAGGCUGUGCUGUCCCUGUACGCCUCUGGCCGCACCACAGGCAUCGUGAUGGACUCCGGCGACGGAGUCACCCACACAGUGCCCAUCUACGAGGGCUAUGCGCUGCCCCAUGCCAUCCUCCGUCUGGAUCUGGCUGGCCGCGACCUGACCGACUACCUCAUGAAGAUCCUCACGGAGCGCGGCUACAGCUUCACUACCACGGCUGAGCGUGAAAUCGUGCGUGACAUCAAGGAGAAGCUGUGCUAUGUGGCGCUGGACUUCGAGCAGGAGAUGGCCACGGCCGCAUCCUCAUCCUCUCUAGAGAAGAGCUAUGAGCUGCCUGACGGCCAGGUCAUCACCAUUGGCAAUGAGCGCUUCCGCUGCCCCGAGGCACUCUUCCAGCCCUCCUUCCUUGGUAUGGAGUCCUGUGGCAUCCAUGAAACCACCUUCAACUCCAUCAUGAAAUGUGAUGUGGAUAUCCGAAAGGAUCUGUAUGCCAACACAGUGCUGUCUGGAGGCACCACCAUGUACCCUGGCAUCGCUGACCGCAUGCAGAAGGAGAUCACGGCCCUGGCGCCUAGCACCAUGAAGAUCAAGAUCAUUGCGCCCCCUGAGCGCAAGUACUCAGUGUGGAUCGGAGGUUCCAUCCUGGCCUCGCUGUCCACCUUCCAGCAGAUGUGGAUCAGCAAGCAGGAGUAUGAUGAGUCGGGCCCAUCCAUCGUGCACCGCAAAUGCUUUUAAGCUGAGGGACUUCGCGUCACGCCCUUUAUACAAAACCGCAGAUCGAGAUGAGAUUGGCAUGGCUUUAUUUGUUAUGUUUUUGGUUUUGUUUUUUUUUCCUUUUUUUUUUUUUGUUUUGGCGCUUGACUCAGGAUUUAAAAACUGGAAUGGUGACGGUGACAGUCGCUGGAGCGUCCCCAAGUUCUACGGUGUGGCCAGGACUUGAUUGUAUGUUCUUUUUUUAAUAGUCAUUCCAGAUACCUUCAAUGCAUUGUUACAGGAAGUCCCUUGGCCUUUCGCAGGCCUCCCCUGGGUCCCUACAGAGGACCAGUCCCCGCCCCAGAGCUCAUGGGACUGGGAGAGCAUCUUUGUUGUGUAAAUUAUGUGAUCCAAAUUUUUUUUAAUCUUCGCCUUAAUACUUGUUUCUUUGUUCCGUUUUAUUUGGGGUGCUCAGCACUGGCUCCUUUUUCUCCCCCCAACUUGGAUGAAGGCUUUGGUCUCCCUGGCGGGCAGGGUGGAGGCGCAGCAGCCAUGGUGUUCCCCCUGUCCACUGCCAGACCAGUUCAAUAAAGUGCACCUGAAGAACCGCC